AUGCCACGUGCCGAGCCAGGAACACCAAAAUGGCUAGCUAAUAAAAUGAAGGCUAAAGGCCUUCAAAAAUUAAAGUGGUAUUGUCAAAUGUGUGAAAAACAAUGUAGAGAUGAAAAUGGAUUUAAAUGUCAUAGAUUAUCAGAAACACAUCAAAGACAAAUGCAAAUUUUUUGUCAAGAUGCAAAUAAAUUUAUGGAUGAAUAUUCUUCAAUGUUUGAAAAAGAAUUUAUGCGAUUGAUGAAAACAAAAUAUUGCCGAGCAAGAAUUUUAGCAAAUACAGUUUAUACAAAUAUGAUAAGUGAUAAAACACAUAUACAUAUGAAUGCAACAGUAUGGGUUACCUUAACAGAUUUUGUUUUAUAUUUAGGUAAAACUGGAAAAUGCAAAAUAGAACAAACAGAAAGAGGAUGGUAUUUGGAAUAUAUAGAUAGAGAAAAAAUUGAAAGAGAAAAAGCAUUUAAUAAAAAAAAAAAAAUUGAAUAUUCUUAUGAAGAAAUGAAAGAAAAAAAAAUUAAUCAAGUUAUUGAAGAAGCUAAAAAAACGGGACAAUUUAUUCAAUCAGAAUAUACAGGUAUCGAAAAAAAAAAUGAUGACAAAAUUAUAAUUUCAUCAGUAAAGCCAACAAAUACAAAUCCUAGUACUAUUGGUCAUAAUGAUCAUGUUCCAAAAUCGAAUAUUUUUUUGGAUAUAUUAAAAAAAAAUAAAAUAAAAAAUACAAAUGAUCAACUAAAAUCUGAAAAUAUUAAAAAGGAAGAAAAAUUAUCAAAAGAUAAAACACAAAAUAAAAAAAGACCAAUAUCAUCAUUGGAAUUACUUAUUAUGGAGAAUGAAGAAAAAAAAAAACUAAAAAAUUUACUUCCAAAUUUAAAUAAAAAUAUCAAGGAUAAUAAUUCCAAAACGGAGCAUACACAUUCUAUAGCCAAGCAAGUGAAUGAAAGGGAUGAAAAAGGGGGAAAAAACAAAAAAAGAGAAAAAGAUGAAAAAAGUGAAGAUUAUGAAAAAGGGGGAAAAGAUGAAAAAAGUGAAGAUUACGAUACAUGGAUUACUAAAAAUAUUAUUGUUAAAAUCGUUGAUAAAAAUCAUAAAUAUUAUAAAAGCAAAGGAGUUAUUAUUUCAAUCUCAUCAACAGAAAAAAAUAAAUGUGAAAUAAAAAUUAAAAACACAACCAAAUAUACAUUAGCUUAUCAAAACCAAAUACAAACAGUUAUACCACAAAUUGGAAGAAUGGUAUUAAUUCUUAAGGGACGUUAUAAAGGAUUAAAAGGGAAAAUAAAAAAGAUUUCUGAGGAUGAGGAUUAUGCUGUGGUUUCCGUUUUGCACAAAAACUCAGAUGAAAUAAUUGCAGAGAAGGGCAUGCCAUUUGAUGAUAUUAGUAAAUUUCAGGAAGAAUGA